UAAUGGCUCCUGUAACUACUACAAGCACGCAAGAACAUGAAGAUCUGAAACCGACAGUGUUUGAUUCUUCAGUGCUUGAAGGCCAGUCGAGCAUACCCACCCAAUUCAUAUGGCCACACGAAGAAAGGCCCAGCGAUGAUGCCCCACCGCUCCAUGUCCCGGUCAUCAACUUGGCGGGCUUUCUCUCGGGUGAUCCGGCGGAGGUAAUGGAGGUGUGCCGGCUCGUCGACGAAGCGUGCCGAAAGCAUGGCUUCUUCCUCGUAGUCAAUCACGGCAUUGAGUCCCAACUGAUUGCCCGCGCUCGCAGCUACAUGGACGAGUUCUUUGAACUUCCAUUCUCUGAAAAACAGAGGGUUUUGAGAAAACCAGGGGAGCUGUUCGGCUAUUCCAGCAGUUUGAAUGGCCGUUUCUCGUCGAAACUCCCAUGGAAGGAAACGCUUUCUGUUCAUUAUUCUACUAGGAAAAACACUCCCACCAACAUCGUCAAAGACUAUCUCCGAAACACUUUGGGUGAACAUUUCGAAGAGCCAGGGAGUGUUUUUCAGGAUUUGUCGAACGCCAUGAGUAGGCUUUCCCUUGAAAUUGUGGAGCUACUGGGAGCUAGCCUCGGAGUAGGCAGAGCCCAUUUUAAGGAUUUUUACGAAGAAACCGACUCCAUAAUGAGGCUGAAUAACUACCCUUCAUGUCCAAAACCAGAGCUGACAUUAGGAAUCGGACCUCAUUCUGAUCCAGCAUCUUUAACCAUUCUCCACCAACACCAAGUGGGAGGACUCCAAGUAUUCGUUGACGACAAAUGGUGCUCAGUUAGUUCAGAUUUCGACGCCUUCGUUGUUAACAUCGGUGACACCUUCAUGGCUCUUUCUAAUGGGAUAUACAAGAGUUGCUUUCACCGUGUAGUAGUGAAUAACCAAAAACCUAGGAAAACUCUAGCAUUCUUUUUGACUGUGAGUACUGAAAAAGUGAUAAGUCCACCAAGUGAGUUGGUGAACGAUUCGAACCCUCGGAUUUACCCGGAUUUUACAUGGCCUCAGUUUGUUGAGUUCACUCUUAACCAUUACAGAGCUGACAUGCAUACCCUUAAAAUGUUCGCAAACUGGUUACAUCAGAACAAGAAUUGAGAUAAUUCAUAUGUACAAUCUCGGCAUGUCUCUCUUGUACCGAAGAGAAGAAAGUCAAGAGUAACGAAGGAAUGACAGUAUUGUUCAAGUUCAUAGCAUGCAAAUGUUUGGGAAAAGGAGAGAAGGAUAAAUUAUCGUUUUAUGUGACAUUUGUGGAAAAUAAAUUUAGUUAUGAGACAUAUGAUUAAUGUUUUGGUCUAAUAAAUAAGAUUGUUCAUUGUUUUAUAAGUUCUCAGUUUCGCACAAAUGAAUGUUUUCUACUUUCUUUCUUUUAUAUAUAUUUUUUUAUUUUUUA